CGUGGAUAUGAUUGAGGCCAUGGCGAAAGUCUUGGCUGGAUUGGCCACUUCGGGUGGGACAGGCAAGGAGCAAGACGUGUUAGACGCAGUUUCGCAGCGAAAGAAAAGCUCCCUUAUGACCGAAAACGAGGACAACAGCGACGACUGCUGUACACAACCUGACAAAUCCGGUGGUCGAGUAGGCGAGACAGCCAUCGACACAGCAGCGCCCAACCCCGCCGCAGCUCCGGAGACUCCGCAUGACGUAUCCCCAGUACGCGACGAUACAGCCGGCCCCGUCAGCACAGAGGCCGCGUCUGCGGCUGCAGCUGCCAGUACACCCAUCCUCCUUGCGCCUGCCACCAGCGCUGCUCCUGUCGCCACCACGCCAUCGCUGGCCGAGAUGGCUGCACGCGCCUCAGCUGCGGCCCUUGCAGCCUCCCUGAGCAACCUGCGCUUCGAGCCAGCGCUCAAGACAAAUGCGACAAAAAUAACCCCGACUCCAGCGCUCCAACUCCCAGAGACCACCCAAGAUACGCAUCCGACGGGUUCUAUGGAGGAUGAGGACCAACCGGCUUCGCACUCCGCCUCUGAGCAGCAGUCCCCGUCGACGAGCAGCCGGAUGGGCGUUGGUCUUCAAGCGGAUGGCACCUUCCCUGGGGCCCUACAGCUGCACAGAGCAGACCACGGCGCCCUGCAGCCUCUAGACGGCCAGGGCGCCAUGACGCUACCGGUUCCCAACGCCAGGCUGGCUGCAACCGUUCCGCCAGAGAUAGACCACGACGCAAGCAUGGAGGAGGUUGGCUGCAUGGGCGGCGACGCCAGCGGCAGGACGGCUCCAGGGGCUAACGCUGAGGACGUUCCACGGACGCCGUUGACUUACAAGACGUGCGCCUCAGGCCGUGCCGCUACGCACGCAGCCGCCCAAGUGGAGGGCGGUGAACCACGCCAAGCCGAGUCGAUGGCGGAAACCGAAGACGACCAGGGUGGCAGCAGCAGCUCAGAAACUGCCGCAGAUACAACUCCACCUCCAAAGCCUCACGCAGCAGAGCUGUCGGAACCGUGCAGCGCAGCAGGAGCAGUGGCCGUUCCCAUUGGGCUGGUACCGCCGCCUGCUACGAUAUCCAAGCCCAUCGCCGUACUCGUAACAGA